UCCAUUUCCUGUUGUGGACUUCUUCGGAGUCAGACGGGAAUCCUCCGGGUUCAGAAAAUGAAUUAAAUGCCGAUGCGUGAAUGAAUGACUUCGUUUUAUUUUAUUUUCCCCCAGAAGUGUUGCUCAUUACCGAGCUGCGUGCAGUGGUUCUGAGUUUGUCCUAGAAUGGGCCGGAGAGAUGCAGGUGAGGUAUCGGCUGUUGCACCUGAUGUCGUGACGCGUCUUUCCCCUUGACAACUACGGAUAAAUAUUCAGGGAACACCAUGCCCAUCACGGUGCUGUGGGCCGUGGACGUGUACGGCAGGGUGUACAGCCUCUCCACGGGUGGGCAGAGCUGGAUGCGCGCUGACGACAUGCUGCUGGAGCUGAAGCGCGCCACUGCAGGCAAGGGGCGCUGCUGGGGCAUCGGCUGUGAUCAUCACGUUUAUCUGCACAUAAUACCAAGUGAGACCCCCAUCCGCUACCGAGAGGAGACCUAUGAAAACCAGCGGUGGAACCCGGUGGAUGGCUUCACUGACGUCCUGCUGCCCACAGACCGCUGGCCGUGGAGCGACGUGACUGGGAUGACUCCCCAGCCGCUCCACAGCUUCCAGCUGCCCUCCAGAAGCUGGGAGUGGGAAGGAGACUGGUACGUGGAUCAGACCUGUGGAGGAGAACCCAGCCAGACUGGGGGCUGGGAAUACGCUGUUGAUUUCCCAGCCAACUUCUCCCCGGACAAGAAGUGGAACUCCUGUGUGCGUCGUAGGCGGUGGAUCCGUUACAGAAGAUACACGGCACAAGGCACUUGGGCAAAGAUCCCCCUGGACAAUCCCAGGAAGCCCCCGCUGCCGCUCUGUGACAUCAGCUGCGGCGGCUGGGAGAUGAGCGACCAGUCCGGACGCUAUCCAUACCUCUGGGGUGUGUCCCAACAAGGACAGGUGUGGUUCAGGGAGGGUAUACACCCUCGUGUCCCAGAGGGAAGCAGCUGGGAGGAGGUGGAGGUGCCCAAAGAAGUGGCUCAGUUGUCAGCCGGCCCCGGGGACCUCCUGUGGGCUUUACUGUGGGAUGGAAACCUUAUGGUUCGUACUGGACUCAGCCUGGACAGCCCAACUGGCACCUCCUGGGUGGAGGUGGAAUCCCCCUCAAAGGAAGUGGGAGCUCUUCACGUGUCUGUGGGAGUCAGCGUGGUCUGGGUGGUCACUAAGGACUAUAAGGUGUGGUUCAGGCGUGGCGUGAACUCCCACAACCCCUGUGGCUCCRGCUGGAUCGGCAUCGGAGGAGAGAUGAUGAUGGUGGAUGUGGGACUCAACGACCAGGUGUGGGCAGUGGGUGAAGACCGGGGGUUGUAUUUUAGAAUGGGGGUGACCCCGUCUGAACCAAGUGGAAGUGGCUGGAUCCCUGUUUUGGCCCAGUGGGGCAGCAAUAAAGAUGGGAUUCCACCCAGGAAUGAAGGUGAGUUAAACAGCCAGCUGACUGAGGCCUCUCAAGGUUCUGCACUGAGCUGCACCGACUCAGAAUCAGAGUCGGGUCCUGCUGACCCCCAGCACGCAGACACACCGGUACUGGAGGCACAAGCUUCUUCUAUAGUCCCCUUAGGGGCAGCCGACGCCUCCGCACCACCGCCCGAGCUGAAAGAGGCUCCUUCAGCCCCGCGGCACGACGUCCCCAAGCCCUUCAUCCCCGCCAGCGACAGCUUCAUCAACAGCCUGGUCUCUGACCGCGACCGGACCCUCACACCGCAAGCCUCCAUCACAGAGACGCCACACGAAGGCAGCGAGGAGCAGCCCCCAGCUGCCAUCCUUCCGACCCCUCCUGCAGCUGGACACGACGUCCCCUGGAUGAACGUGGACCUGGAGGGGGCAGAGGCAGCGCGGACCGCUCAGGCCACGGUGCGUGCAUCAAGCGACGGCCUGGGGACUCUGGAGGGCUCGCAGCGCGUCGGAGAGGAGGACGCGCCGGUGUGGACUUGGAUUUCCGGCGGAGGUUGUGACGUGGACGCAAGUUCACAGAUCAGCUGGCUCAGUCCUACAGGUCCACUCACCAGCUCCUUGUCACUGACUCCGGUUCAGUCUGCAGCCUGGAGCGAGCAGCCUCAACAACAGGAGCGCAGAGAGAUCAGCAAGAAACCCCUGGAGAGAAACAACUCGGUGUGGGUGCGUAAAGGUGCUUUGCGUUGGUGGAGGGACUGGAAACCGCAGCGCUGGGUGGAUGUGAGCGUUGCUCUGGAACAAUCCACCAAGUCUGACGGAAGGAAGGACAGUAUUUUCUUUGUGUAUUACAUGCAGUACGAUGAGAAGAAGUACCUUCAGGUGUUUAUGAGCGAGGUAACGGUGCUGGUUCCGGUUCUGCGGGACUGCCACUACGCGUUUGCUGUGUACACAGCUGAGAGGACCAGACAGAGAUGGCCUCUGGUUUUAGCAGCACAAACUGAGAAGGACAUGAACGACUGGCUGAGCCUGUUGUCUGACUGUUGCUGUGAGUGGCGAGGGAUCACCGGCGCUCCGUCCAGACGGGCUCUGUGGUCCACCACUUUAAAAGGAGACGUGAUGGUCCACGAGCCGUCUUUGUCCCUGGAGGCUCCUGCACACACCACCGCCUGCGACCUGAUGUUUUGGCGGCAGGUCCAGGGGCACCUGCGCUGCAUAGAGUCUAACUGCCUGGGGCUGGUGUGGGGCAUCGGGUGGGACGGCACCGCCUGGGUCUACAGUGGGAGCUUUGGGCAACAGCUCAGUCCUGACGGCGCUCAGCUGCAGCAGCAGACUGAUGUUAGGAGCGUCCAUGUGUACGAGAAUCAGAGAUGGAACCCCGUGACCGGAUACACAGACAAAGGACUUCCUACUGACCGCCCUAUGUGGAGCGACGAGAGCGGGCUGAAGGAGUGCACCAAAGGCAGCACGCACCCACCCACGCCUCAGUGGUCCUGGGUGUCGGAGUGGGCCGUGGAUUACAACGUCCCUGGAGGAGCAGACAACGAAGGCUGGCAGUACGCUGCGGACUUCCCCACGACGUUUCACGGACACAAAACGAUGAAAGACUUCGUUCGCCGCAGACGAUGGACGAGGAAGUGUAAGAUAACAGUGAGGGCUCCGUGGAAGAUGGUGCCACCGAUCCGCAUGAGCGACAUCUCUCUGAUGCCGUGUCUGGCUCAGAUCAAAAUGGACCAGGUCCCCGUCUGGGGCCUCAGCGACAAGGGAGACGUCUUGUGUCGACUGGGAGUCACUCCUCAGAACCCCGAGGGCAGCUCCUGGCUGCAUGUGGGCACAGAUCAACCCUUUAAGUCCAUCUCUAUCGGAGGAGCCAAUCAGGUGUGGGCCAUCGCCAAGGACGGAGCUGUGUUUUACAGAGGAUCUGUGUCCCCACAAAACCCCGCUGGAGAGUGUUGGUACCACAUCCCGUCGCCCCCCAGGCAGACCCUCAGACAGCUCUCUGUUGGGAGAACUUCGGUCUUUGCUGUAGAUGAAAACAGUAACCUGUGGUUCAGACAGGGCCUCACGCCCAGCUAUCCUCAAGGCUCCGCCUGGGAGCUCAUCUCCAACAACGUCACCAAGGUUUCUGUGGGACCGCUGGACCAGGUUUGGACCAUCGCAGAUGGAGUUCCAGGUUUCUCAGCGGAGACCCCUGGAGCUGUCUGCCACAGACUGGGUGUGGGGCCCCUGCAGCCCAAGGGCCUGUCCUGGGACUAUGGAAUAGGAGGAGGAUGGGAGCAUAUCAGUGUGAGGGGGAACUCGGCAGAGCCUCCGCGGGGCCCCCACCCUCCUCCCGCAGGCCCCUCACGCAGCCCGGCCCAUCAGCGACCGGCGACUCAAGUGAACGGGAGCGCAGUGUGCGUGUAGCUUCCUCCUCCUCCUCCUCCUCCUCCGUGUGUGCGCCUGGAUCUUCCUUCGUCUUCUCAGACUCUUUCCUCGUCCCCGUCCCGUAAAGGGACUGCACAGUCACAGCACGGAGUCCGAGCUCUGCAGUUUGGUUGGAUGUGACGGAUGGAUGAAUGUUAGAGCGGGACUCGUUGCACAAGAAGAACUUCCUGAAGUGUUUGAAGACCGAGCAGUGAGGACAAACAGGAUCUCGUGUGGGAUGGUUGUUCAGAACAGAAGCAGAUGCAUGCGUUUGGUCCGACUUGGCUUUGGCUGCUGGGUGUUUUUGGGAUGAAGCAAUAGCUUUUAUGCAUUUUUUUUAAUUAUCCAGUGAAAACCGAAGAGGGUGGGAUUUAACUGAAGGGCUAUGGUCUGGGUCCUAAACGUCAAACACAGUCACUGUAGCCUAAAACUAAAUGAUUUAGUAGAUUUUCUUUCUUUCCUCUUUGGUUUUGUUUGACUUGUUUCUCAAAUGAUGUUUGAAUUGAGUUUAUUUAUUUAUCAUUGSGCUUUUGCUGAAGUUUGACUUUAUUUUUGUCCUGUUAUGUUUGCAAUGAAGUGUUUUUCAGCCAUAUGCUUUAAAAAAAGCCUCCUGAAGGCUUUCAAAAAACAAAAAAGGAUCUCGACUCCACGUGAAAAUAUUUUGCUCUUUACCAUCGGACAAACCUCCUGCAAUAAAUAACUAUUUAAUACAAAGCCUCUAUUGAAGAAACUCUGACAGUGACUGUUGACACGGCAGCAGGUCUGAAUGUCACCAUGACUGGUUGGAUCUUUGUGCUUUAAUGGCAUCCAAAUAUGAAAUAAAGAAUAAAGAUGCUG